CCAGAGUACUUCCGGGUUAACACUGUUGUGUUUACAGGCGAAGAAUGGGAAAAGAUGUCUUCAGAUGUGUUGAAUGCAACGAAAAAGCGACGGAGCUGCACAGAGAUUACAGUAACGGCAUCUUAAAGAUAACAAUAUGUGAGUCUUGUCAGAAGCCGGUGGACAAGUACAUCGAGUACGACCCAGUCAUCAUUCUCAUCGACGCCAUUUUGUGCAAAUCACAGGCUUUCAGACACAUUUUGUUCAACUCAAGCCUGAAUAUUCACUGGAAGUUGUGUGUGUUCUUCCUGCUGUGCGAGGCCUACCUCAGAUGGUCUUUACUCCAUGGAUCUGAACACAGCAGUGACCCUGCAGACAUCAUCAGAUACACCAAGGAAUGGGAGUUCUAUGGCAUGUUCGCAUUAGCAGCCCUUGAGCUGGCGGCGUUCUGUGGCGGCGUGCUGCUGUGUCUGUGGUUGGUUGUGGUUCGUCUAAAAGGCGGAACCGUUGAGUUCAGGCUGCUCCUCAGGGCGCUGCUGCUGUCCUGUUACGGAAAAGUCCUCCUCAUCCCCACCGUCAUCUGGGAACACGACUACUCGCCGCUCUGCCUCGGCCUCAUCAAGCUGUUUGUGCUGACGUCGAACUCACAGGCCAUCAGAGUGAUCCUGAACAGCAGCAGACACAUCUCCGUCAUGGCUGUGUUCGUCGGUUUACUGUCAGAGGGUUGUGUGUCUCAGAUCUGUAAACGACUUCCAUGGACCAUCCAGGACAUGUUGGCGUUUCAGUGACCGACGCUUCAUCAGACCUGUGACUGUAAGAACUGAAAAGCUGGAAACAACAGGGACGUUCUCUAACUUCCUCUCCUGUUCUGCUGUUUUGUGCUUCUUCUUUGUGCCUUUAUGGAGUAAAUUCUUCUCUGUUCAUUC